AGUAGCAGAUAUAGUAUAGCAGGUGUUUGAAUCUUGCCCAGAUGGCAGUGCAUUCUACUCGACGUUCCUUCGCUACCCGGCGACAGUAAAAGUAAACAAACAGUAAAAAUAUUUCCUACAUUAUGUUCCAAGAUAUUUAAUGGACUAGUUAAAAAUAUUUAAUUUUAAAAUAUGUGGAAGUCUUCGGUUAUUUCCGCUUCGGAUCGCAUUUUUCCUGGUUUAGCAUGUCACGAUAGAAAAAAGGAAUUUUACGACGUCGGGAAUAGGAUUAAAUCGAGUCUACCUCUCCAGAUUGCUCUUUAUCUCAACGUUCGUUAUUCCCCGAUAUGGUUACUUGUUCUACUGUACUAUUUGGACAAAAAAUAUUAUGAUUUAUCGGAAGUCUAUAAAUUCGUCUCUGUAGCAGUAAUUUUGGCAGUUACUGGAUUGGAGUGUGCAAGACUGUAUUUGGGAUAUCUUGGAAAUCUUGGUGAAAAAAUACCAGAGUUGGCGAGUUUCUGGCUUAUUUCUACUCUUCUUCAGUUUCCGUUAGAAAUGUUUUUGGUUUUCGAUCGAAACUCAGUACACCAACUAAACGAAAGAAUAUUUAAUGGCUUUGCGUUGGGACUUUUAAUAAUUGAAAUAAUAACUGGUACUAUCGUACUGAAAACGUCAGCAGAUCAUCACGCAAAAAGAUUUUACAUGGCGCAGAUGUAUGGAAUCGAUGAUACGUUAAAAUAAGUAUUCUUGUUUUGUAUAAGCAAGCCAUUUUGUAAUUUAUUAUUUAUAAAAAAAAGACUUGAAAUACACCUACGUAUUCAUCAAUGUA